GGCAAAGACAACUAACUAGGUAAGUACCUAACUAUCUUCACUCACUCGUCACUUCCGUGUCUGUCAACAUCCAGCACCCGGACAUCGACCAUGGCUUGUUCCUUCCCAUAGAGGCUGUGAACACCACCUCACCUUCCAUUCGUCCUUUAAGCCGCGCCUGUUCGCAUAUUGCCUUCCUCGGGCGCAGGAAAUCGAGAGUGAGGGAAAAAAAAAAAAAAAAAAAUUUGGAAAAAAAAAAAGUCGCAUUGAUCUGAUAUUAUGGAUUGCUGUGGCAUGCCAAUUUGCUGCCGCCCUUCAAGAUGCCAUGUUACUCCACCCACCGUCCCUCCGCUGCCUACCCUGCCGGCCUCAUCGAUCCAACCUCUCGCCAGACAAAUCACCUUGACUACCUUGCCUGUGAUGAUCUGUCGUUCCACACACUCUCACACGGACGGCACACUGCGAGAUUAGCCGCCACACACAGGCCUGGGGAUGUCAUCUUGCCGGCGCUGGAGUCUGGACGAUGUGGGAUGGAGAUGCAAAUGCACUUUGACCUAGAUCAAGUGAACCGCAAGCUGGAUCGGCUUUCGUCUCCCUGGCACCCAUCCUGGCCUGUUCAAAGCUCCCUUCGCCCAUGGCCGUCCUAUCGCAGCUCCCCCCGCAGCAGCCUGCUUCUCCGGAGACUUCAGGUUUGGGACUCGGUCGACAGCCUCCGUCCUUCUCCCCAGGAGGGUCACCGGGGAAUUAGUCUAGUCUCGCAUAUUGACUUCCUGCCACAUCGGGCCUGCGGUGCCGAACCAAGUUCGCACCACCCGCGGCCUUGCCGUCCACGUUGAUCCUGUAUGCUGCAGUCUCUCCAGCUGCCGUCAGAUAAGAGUCCAACUCAUCCGCUCUGUUGUCUUGCUCACUUCUGGCCAUCGUAUUGCCCUCCUGUAAGCACAUUUCAACAGACAAGCUUCUGCCCUCCUCAGACAACCGAAACUCCUGACAAAGAAACAAGCCAAUCCGACUUCCUUGACCUCCAAUGGCGCCCAUUGCUGUGACGCCGGAUAGCUCAACCGCCAGUCCUUCUGGCGACAGCUGGAACAGUUACUUUCACGUGCGUAAUGGUGACAGCCAUAACAUCAUCAGCAACAAGGGCCAUGAUCAUGGCGAAAACGCCCUCUCGGCAGCCGUAGGGAAUGACCAUGGCAGCUGGACUGC